ACACACCUGGACACGCGCACACCUAGCUACUAGUAUUUCCUCCUCAGACCUGGCCGAAGAAACACGUACCUGCGGUGCCGUGUACAAGACAGGAACGAGAACAACAAUGAAGAUCCAACUUUGCCUUGUUGUGAUUCUUCUGGGAGUGUCACUGAAGUCGUCAGACGCUACCAUAACCACCCGGGUUUGUGAACAUCGCGGUUUGUACCUUCGAUGUCCUUACGGUCGCCAAAUAGACAUCGAGUACGCCCUGUACGGCCGUACCCAGCACGGCAUCUGCGGAGGGCCCGUCCGGACCAUCGACUGCCGGAGCGGGUCCAGUCUCUACAGGGUGCGGAGCUACUGCCAGGGACGGCACAGCUGCUCCGUCCGAGCCUCGAACGGCGUGUUUGGAGACCCUUGCUAUGGGACGUUCAAGUACCUGGAAGUCAAGUACUCGUGUGUCAGUCAUUACACGAACCCCCGAAACGUGCUCGCAUGUGAACAUCAAACCGCGCAGUUGGUCUGCCCAUGGGGUCGUAAGAUUUUCGUGGCGGCUACCACUUACGGCCGGAGCCAGGCUCGCCACGUCUGCGGCGGACCGGUGAGGACCACCCGCUGCCGCAGUUCGUCCAGCUGGACACAAGUAAGCGCCCGAUGUCACGGGAGACGCACGUGCUCAGUCCGCGCCUCCAACAGCGUGUUCGGAGACCCCUGCUAUGGCACCUUCAAGUAUCUCGACGUCCAGUAUUUCUGCCUACCCUGUAAGUACAGUUAAAGUACAUUAACUUUU